UGGAAGGGAAUUUCGGCCCCAGACAUUGCUGGACAAAUGUGGGGCAUGUAAAGUCCACCUUGCAGCAGCAGGUCUCUCCGUCCGCCAGUGUGUGCAGCAGCCAGCGAGCACUGCAGUCUGAGGUAACCUGCACCUGCAGCAUCCGGGGACCAGUGUCCGGCGCUCUCACAGGGGAGGUGUGUUCUCAGCUGACAAGACACCGUCAGGUCGCCUUUUAAAUGGAAGUGGCGGGCACGGGCAGCUCAGUACGGGACAUGCCAGGCUGCUGUCAUGUUGCACUGGAAUGAGGAAGUGGAGUGGAGAGGGGUGGGACUGAGACCUGAGCUUCAUCCUGCGGCGCCUCUCAGAGCAGCACAUGGAGCAGCUGCAGGGGACUGGGAGAGCUGUCUACAGCCAGCCCACGGCAGAGCAGAUAAUCAGAGAAACAUGGAAACAGAUGAGGCACAGGAUAUGACCCAAAUGUCAGGAAAUCAAAGUCCUGCAGUAAGCGAUGGCUUGGAAGAUAGUGAUGAACCCAUGCCUAUGCCUGAGGAUCUUUCCACCAAUGCAGGGUCACAACAGACUGCCAAGAGUGAGAAGUCUAUUGCUGUACGAGAGGUGGAGCGGUUUAGGGAUUUGCACGCUAUCAUUUUCAAAACUUUUUCCCCUGGCAAUAUAAAAGUAGAGACCCACAGUGAUGAGGAGAAUGGACGUGCCUGUGAAAUGAAUGGAGAAGAGUGUGCAGAAGAUUUACGCAUGAUUGAUGCUGCUGGGGAGAAAAUGAAUGGCUCACUGAACGGACAAGGCACCAAAGCCUUAACAGGAGUUGGAGGUAUUCGACUUCCUAACGGAAAACUAAAAUGUGAUAUCUGUGGGAUAAUAUGCAUCGGCCCCAAUGUGCUCAUGGUACACAAAAGAAGCCACACUGGAGAGCGACCUUUUCAAUGCAACCAAUGUGGUGCCUCAUUUACCCAGAAAGGCAAUCUCCUUCGCCACAUCAAGUUACACUCUGGUGAAAAGCCCUUUAAGUGUCACUUGUGUAACUAUGCAUGCAGACGCAGAGAUGCACUCACUGGUCAUCUCAGGACACAUUCUGUAGGUAAACCACAUAAGUGUGGCUAUUGCGGCCGCAGUUACAAACAACGCAGCUCCUUGGAAGAACACAAAGAAAGAUGUCAUAACUACUUGCAAACUAUGGGUCUGCAGAAUAACAUUUACUCAGCAAUAAAAGAAGAGACCGGUCACACUGAAAUGGCAGAAGACCUAUCUAAGCUUGGGUCUGAAAGAUCCCUUGUUUUGGACAGACUUGCAAGUAAUGUUGCCAAACGUAAGAGCUGUAUGCCUCAGAAAUUUGUUGGUGAUAAACGUCUGUCAGAUCUACCAUAUGAUUCCAACAGUAAUUUUGAGAAGGAGCAUGACAUCAUGCAGACACAUGUAAUGGAUCAGGCAAUCAAUAAUGCAAUUACAUACUUAGGAGCAGAAUCCUUGCGUCCACUGGUUCAGACACCACCGGGUGGACCUGAAGUGGUUCCAGCUAUUAGCACAAUGUAUGCCCUACACAAACCACAUGCUGAUGUCACAUCCCACAACAAUCAGGCAGCCCAUGAAAGUGCAGUGGAAAACCUGCUGUUACUUUCCCAGGUUAAAUCCAUUUCUUCUGAGAAAGAAGUUUCUCCAAGUAACAGCUGUCAAGAUUCCACAGACACUGAAAGCAACAAUGAGGAGCGGGGAGGACUUAUUUAUCUGACCAGUCACAUAGCACCUCAUACCAGAAAUGGUAUGUCUGUCAAAGAAAACAAGCCAUUUGAUGUCUAUAGAGCUGCCAAUGAGAAUUCUCAAGAUGCUUUCAAAGUUAUCAGCAGUAAUGGUGAGGCAAUAAAAGUCCACAAGUGUGAGCACUGUCGAGUUCUCUUCUUGGAUCACGUCAUGUACACCAUCCACAUGGGCUGUCAUGGUUUCCGUGAUCCAUUUGAAUGCAACAUGUGUGGCUACCAGAGCCAAGAUAGAUAUGAGUUUUCAUCACAUAUUACCCGCGGUGAACACCGUUUCAACAUGGGUUAAGCCGAACUCUAUUCUGCCAUGAUUUUUAUGUUCAUUACAAGAAGCACAAAUGUUUUGCAAGAUGAGAAUUUUCAAGAAACUUCUAUGAACCCAAGAAUGCAUAUAGAGACUUAGCAACAAACAAUUUAACUACUUUUGUCAUUAAGGCAGCGUGCAUUUUUAUAAGAUUUUUAUUGUUACUGUAACAUGGUGCUUCAUUUUUAAGCAUCGGGUUUUUGGAGAUCUUUUGAAAAGUGUUUUAUUAAGAAACAUAGAACUUGCACCAUUGUAAGUAGCUAGAGUCCAUUGUACACGUCUACUCUAUAUAUAAAUAUAUAUGGAACUAAAAGAGUUCUUGGCCAUUCCUAAGCAGGAUAAAGAGUCCUUAUUCUUCACACCAAUCUUGACGUAUAUAAUUCAUGUUACGCUUUAUGCAAUAGCAUACAGGCAUGGGAACUGUUAAUAACAAUAAGACUAGUUCCCUUGUAAAUUUUUACUUAAUUGUUGAAUUAAUUAUAGAACAUAAUACGUAUUUAAGGCAAAUUACAAUAUUGCAGUAUAUAAUGGCCAGAAAUAUUAGGUUAUUGAUAUUUGCAUUUCUUUAUAAAACUGACAGUAGCAUACUACAUAAUUGUAUAAUAUGGGCUUAUUUAUAGCUUCUGGUGGAAACUUUUCUUUUAUUGUUUUCACAAGCUUUAUUACCAUUUUGUAUGUGUCUAAAAUUCUGACUACCAGCAGUAGAGUGUUAUAACUACAUUCUUGUACAUAAUCACACCCGACCCGUACAAUGUAUAGAGCUUGAAGAGCCAGAUUAUUCAUAGGGGUAUAUGUAUACUAGGGGUAUAUGUUUACUAGGGGUUUAUGUAUAUAUUUCACUAUUUUAGAAACUAACAUAGAUAAAACUUUGACCAUGAUUGAUAACUUCACAAACAAGCAUAACAUAUAUAUAUAUAUAUAUAUAUAUAUAUAUAU